AGGCGAAUCAUCUGUGCAAGAGAGAGGAAUACUGACCUAAUUAACUGUUCUGAGGACAACAGCAGCGACGGCACAACACAUCAGAGCGACCGACCGAAGUGAAGGACUGUGCCAUUUGCUGUAACUCAGCCAGAAGAAGCUGUGCGUGGGACUUGGUGUCAUUACAGAGAGCGCUCCACCAACCUGUCUGCCUAGAAGCCAAUACAGAGCUGACAAUUGUGCUAUUGACUGCUGCAACUGAGAGAGAGGAGGAGGAGGAAACAGCCAAAGAGAGAGAGAGAAAAAACUUGUCCUUUCUGGAUAUAAGGAGGGGGGGUUCGUCACAGAGAUCAUUGUUUUGCAGGGGCUUCUCAUGGGAAAAGUAGCUAUUGAAAUGUCUGUAAUGGCUGAACUGUCAUCAGCUCAGUGCACCUGAGCUUGCUCCUGCUGCACACUCUCAAAGUGACCACCAGCCUGUGGGCAUUCGUUGCGCAGUGAAAAAGCAAAUCUGCGUUUUGACUUUAGCAAGGAGGACAAAAACGUGACUGAAGACUGCAAUUCUUUUUGUCAGGAUUAUUUUUACCUGGAGCUUUUUUUUUAUUUAUUUUUGGUGGCCUACCUGGGAGAGAAAAACAAGCGCAGGAGGACAAAUGACUGUUUGUGGAUUGUGGACGUACUGAGCUCUUGAUUAUAGCACAGAAGGGGGCUGCAGGGGCUGAAGCAUCCGUGUGCAGGAAUGCACAUUCCCAUAUGGAGGCAGACCAUACAGCGUGCCGUUUGAGCAGCUGAGCCUGUGCAGGCCCUGGAGGUGGCCAUGUUGGAUCUCUUCCUCAGAGUGCUGGUGUUGGCCCGUCUUCACCUGUCACCUCACGGCACCUUGCUGCCAACCUAACUCCUCGCUCCCUCUCUCUUCCCCCAUCUCUUUCUUCCAGCGCCUGGCCGGGAGAAAGGUACUUGGUCCUUGUGGAAAAUGUCCUAUGCACACCACAAGCUGCUUACCUGGAGCUUACCUCAACUCCUCCUCCUACCGCUGAUCUACCUCUCGCUGUUGGCUCCUCCCACAGGUGUGUCAGCAAAUUUCUGUCGGGUGACCGGCGGGGUGCUAGGGAUCCACUGGAGCAGCGCCAUCACCCUGGGUUGGCACCCUCUGGCGUCCGGGAGAGGUGGGGCGACAUGCUGGGAGGCCUGCUGCUUGAAGCCAAGCUGCAAUGCCGUUUGGAGCCUCGGCGGGCGAUGUGUGCUCCUCAGCUGUACGCAGGAUUCUGGUUGCCCCAUCACCUCCCUGCCACAGCCCCACCAGGACUCCCUCGGCCUCCUUCAGCUGCUCUCAAAGGGUCCGGUCUUAAGGAGACGUAGAACAGCUCGUCACGCACUGCAUGCAGGAAGCCACACAUCACAGACAGGACAACAUACCGGCACGGAAAGUGUCAAACUGGAGGUAGAUCACCCAACUCCAACAGCACCCAGCACCAUCGCGCUUCUUCAAGCAGCCCAAAAGAACCUUAGCCAGUUAGCUAACGCGAGUGCAGACAUCGCCCCAGCUCCAUCACAGCCGAACUCAACGGCGGUCAACGCCGCCGAUGCUGCUGCGUCUUCCAAUAGCAGCGAUGUCAGCACACCCACAGCGACCGCUAUCAUCGCAGCUCCAACACAGGCUGUGAGAGAACUGGUGGUGUCAGCAGGAGAGAGUGUGGAGGUCACGCUGCCCCGCAACGAGGUCGAACUCAACGCCUUUGUGGUCCCAACACCUCCGGCAGGGACAAACUAUGCAUUUGACUGGCGUCUCAUAACUCAUCCCAAAGAUUACAGUGGGGAGAUGGAAGGGAAGCACAGCACGACACUUAAACUCAGCAAGCUGACUGUGGGGCUGUAUGAGUUUGAGGUGGCAGUGGACGGGGAGGGGGCUCAUGGAGAAGGUUACGUCAAUGUCACGGUCAAACCAGAGCCGCGGGUAAACAAGCCGCCUGUUGCCGUAGUUUCCCCAAAGUUCCUGGAGAUCUCCUUGCCAACCAGCUCCACGGUUAUAGACGGCAGCCAGAGCACAGAUGAUGACAAGGUGGUGGCGUGGCACUGGGAAGAGGUAAAAGGUCCCCUGCGGGAGGAGAAGGUCUCUGCUGACACCCCAGUCCUCAAACUCACCAACCUGGUACCUGGGAACUACACAUUCAGUUUGACCGUGACAGACUCAGACGGAGCCACAAACUCAACACAGGCCACCCUCUCUGUAAACAAAGCCAAGGACUACCGGCCCGUGGCUAAUGCCGGCCCCAACCAGGUCAUCCAGUUGCCACGCAACUCCAUCAGUCUGUAUGGCAACCAAAGCACAGACGACCAUGAUUCCCUGUCCUAUGAGUGGUCCCUCAGCCCUGAGAGCAAGGACAAGGUGGUGGAGAUGCAGGGCGUACGGACACCGAUCUUGCAGCUGUCGGCUAUGCAGGAGGGAGACUACACCUUCCAGCUGACGGUGACAGACUCAGCUGGACAGCAGGACACUGCCCAGGUCACCGUGAUUGUGCAGCCAGAAAACAAUAAGCCACCAGUGGCAGAUGCAGGACCGGAGAAAGAGCUGACGCUGCCAGUUGAUCGAACCACGCUGGAUGGCAGUAAGAGCAGCGAUGACCAGAAGAUAGCCACCUACCACUGGAAACAAACCAAGGGUCCUGAUGGGGUGAAGAUCGAGAAUGCAGACAGUGCUGUUGCCACGGUGACAGGUCUUGAGGUUGGCACAUACGAGUUCACCCUGACAGUAACUGAUGAGAGGAAGCUGCAGGGUAGCGACACCGUCACGGUCAUCGUCAGAGAAGAACUGGACCAGCCGCCAGUGGCUCACGUUGUGUCAAGUCCACCCAUCGCUCUGCCUGUCAGGACCGCCAUUCUAGAUGGAUCUCGCUCCACUGACGACAAAGGUGGAGUCAGCUACCUGUGGACCAGAGAUGAUAACAGCCCUGCCGCUGGGGAUGUGCUGAACAACUCUGACCACCAGGCAGUGCUGUUUCUGGGAAACCUGGUGGAGGGGAAGUACAGCUUCACCCUGACUGUUACUGACAGUAAGGGACAGACCAGCACUAACAGGGGCACAGUGGAGGUCAAACCAGACAUAUGGGAGCAUGACCUGGUGGAGCUGGUGCUGGAGGUCUCGGUAUCACAGGUCUCCCACCGUCAGCGCGACAUGCUGCUGCGCCAGGUUGGCGUUUUACUCGGCGUGCUCGACAGCGACAUCAUUGUGAGAGACAUCAGUGCAUUUAAUGAGCACAGUACUCGUUUGGUCUUCCUGGUGUCAGGCGGUCCAGGGCGCCCUCCUCUGUCCGGACACAGUGUUGCACUUGGACUGCGCAACAAACUGCGCAAACAGAAGAAUGACUUUCUCAUCUACAAGGCAUGGCGGGUGGAUACAGUCAUCUGCCAGCUAAACUGCUCCAGUCACGGUGAGUGUGACUCAUUCACACGGCGCUGUGUCUGCCACCCUUUCUGGAUGGAGAACUUCAUCAGAGCUCAGCUCGGAGAUGCAGAGAGCAAUUGUGAGUGGAGCGUGCUGUAUGUGACUAUAGCAUCCUUUAUGAUUGUGGUUGCUAUAGCAACAAUUGUCUGGGGUAUGGUGUGCUGCUGCAACAGACGGAAGAGUAAAGUGCGCAGAAGCAAAAGCAGAUAUAAAAUACUAGAAGCUGAUGAGCAAGACAGUCUGGAGCUCCAACCACCGAGAGCUGCCCGCUUGAAGCCUGUGCCCGCUCCCACCUCCUCCGCCCUCAUGCACUCAGACUCUGACCUGGACAGUGAUGACGGGCAGGGCGGAGUCCCUUGGACAGAGCAGGAGCGCGGGCAUCUCCUUCGGCCCCAGAACGGCUCCCUGAGGAACGGCCAGGGGCCGGUGCGCGGCAAAAAGCAAAGAGAAGAGCUGCUAUAGCGAGGGAGGAGGGGGGAGCUCGCCGCUGCCCUCACACACACCUCCUCCAGCUGUCACGCCCCUCUGUUCCUCACUCUUCCUGUUUCUCUUUUGUUGUUCUUUCAACACAAAAACCUCACACUCUCAUCCAUGAAGACAGACUGUGUGAUAUCUGGAUUUCGGAAAAGAAACAUGCUGGAAACAUGUUGUCCCACUGUCACUGAAAAAACACCACUGUACUGACAUUUCCCUGCUCCCACACUGAGCCAAUAUGGCGGGAAAAAGCCUACUGUGUCACUGAGAACUAGGGGUGAGCGAUGUGUUUCGUAAACCCCUAUUAUUUAAGACAGAGACAUAAAGAAUGUACUAUUACCCCUCUUACUGAUGGCACACGGUUAGAGACUGCGGAAGAUGAAGUAGCCGGAGUGACACUUGACUUUCCGGAUUAAAAAAAAGAAAAAAAAAAAAGACUCUGCUUCAAUGACACGAACACCAGCCACUUGACACGCUCACACCUUGCCUCUUGUAGACACGCAUGUGCGCACACAAAGACACACUGCUCCAGGUCGACCUGAUGCUACCAAACACUGCCAUGUUAAAAACCAAUGGUCAGCUCUGCUCUGAUGAUUUUUGUUAAUGGCGGACAUGAUGGAUUGGAAAGACAAACUCAACCAAAACAGAGCUACCAACAGCAAUGGACCCUCCUCCAAAAAAACAAAAAAAUAUGUGCAUGAAGAAUGACAGAUUGUAGUUCAGGUACAAUCUGAUACUGGAAUGAUCGCCUGCAUGUUUGUAUGUUGGGUGUAUGUGUGGCUUUUUCUGGCUUCUGAGCCAAAAAAUGUUGCUGCUCAGAGCAUUUUUUUUUUUUUUAUGUUUUUACGUCUGGAAUUAACCUCUGGAAGAGUCACAAUGUUGACAGUUAUAGCGGCCAGAGGCAGAAGAUCUUUUAAAAAAAAAAAAGCCAUGCUUUUAUUCUGAAGGCUUCUCUGUGGACUGCAGGAACACACACUGGAAUACACAACACCUAAUGAGUUUGUUCUCCACUGAGACAAUAAUGAGAAGUUCACAACACAACAAAUGGAAUGGACUGGGCCCUGCUCCCUCACUCACCUCAUUAAUGUAACGACAGCUUGAACCGUGAAGACCACUUAGUCUUGUUUUUUUGUUUUGUUUUUCUAAAGCAACCAUUGAUUAGAUGUCGAUGCACUUUGAUUUCGUGUCUGUCAGCUUCAGUCUCAUUUUGUCUCUGGCUGGUUGAAAAGGGAGAUCCGUGACGGUUGAAGUUGGAAGGUUUAGCCAUAAACGCAGGACUUGACCGCAUUCAAAAUUAAAAAAAAAACUUUAUUUCCUUAAUUUUGAAGAUGGAGGAAUGCAGCUCAAGUCCAGAAGCACCUCAGUAAUUGUUACAUACCUGUAGGCUUGAAUGAAAUAGAUGGUGGAAGCUUAAUGUGUGGCAAAGUGGGACUUUUUAAUACUGUGAGGUAAAUAUACAGUUUUUGUGCAAUGUCAGCAACUAAUUACUAUUUGUUUGGCUCCGAAUAGGAUGAGCAAAUUCAUCCUUGCUUUUCUUUUGGCAAAAUUACACAAAAAUCUAGAUGACCAAUACAAAAAUUAGACACAAAACAGGCAUCACUAAACUUCCACUAGGAAUGAAAGUGAGUGUCCAGAAUGACCUGAAACUGUGUUAGAAAAGAAACGAUUUACUCCCACAAAUAGGAUCAGAGUCUGCUCUUAGUCGUAUUUGUGGGGAGAAAUAAUUUGUUUAUUUUGAGGGAUGUUUGGCAUAAAUGCAACAGGAACAGGAAACAACCAAAUGACUCUUACCUGCAACAUCUCAGUGUGUGAUCGCUUUGCAUGUGAAACUGGCCUGUAAGUCACCUUUUCUUUGGUUGUUGAAUGUUAAAAGGGUACGCCAUUGACACAGUUCACCUUGUACUCUGUGUGAAGUAAGCAAUCAUUUAGGAAGUUUUACAAGAAAAUGUCUGUUUCUUACUGUUAAGUCAUCUCAUGCUGAUGUGCACAUCAGGCCAGGCCGGAGAUAUUUGUUUUGAAAUAUUUCAUUCAGACUAGCUGAAUUUGUCUGCUUGUCUUUUGCCACCUUGUGUGAGCCAAGUUAAAAUCAAGCGCACCCAAGUGCCAACUCUGUAAAAUGCCACCUUUUGAACACUUUAAAAUAAUGUCAUAUUCUUCCAGUGUUUUUUUGCACACCACAGAAAAUGUUUUUUGGAGAAAUUGCUACAAUCUGAUGCUGAUUUAUUCUGAAUAUUCUUGUUUAUCUGAGUACCUUCCCCCCAAAAAACUCACAGUGAACUUUCUCAAGAAUAAUUCUUUACCUAUUGGACAACACAAAAUUCAGCAUUUCUUCUGUUACAUGGACAAAUUUUGCCAGUCACUUUUCGUAUUUAUAGAAGUGAAUUGACCUUGACUCUGAUGGAGUCCACUGUGAAGCAGACAGAGAAAAUGAGGAGCAACUGUUAAAUGAAGGGAGUUUAAUUUAAGAUGUUUUAGUGAAGGAUUAUCCCCUUCUUUCCCUCAGUGUGACCAGACCUGAUGCAACUGGAUAAUCUGUACAUUAAAAUAAAAUGUUUCAG